AUACAUAUUUGUCACUCUUCAAUGGUAAAUACAAUGUAUGUGAGAGUAGACCAAAGAAGUGCUAUCGAUAUCUUAUCAAAAUUAUUAUUAUGCGAAUCUCAAUAUAAGGCCGAACUUCUUAUCACUUAUUUUUUAGUUCAUUUAAUAAGUGAGUUCAAGUAUAAGCCAGUUUGAUCACAUAGUAAACAAAUACAAUCUGUGGAUGAGAUAGCUUUGUGAAACAAUUACUGUGGAGGUCACUGAACUUGAAAUUCGGAAUCAGUUUUCGCUAACGACGAAAUAUUAAAUUACAGCUAAUGUUUAAACGGAUUAUGAAAAGUUACUGCUAUGACUAAAAGCAUGAUACUACCCUCUAUACUGAAUUUAAUUGUGUCAGCCUCGAAACAUAUGACGCUUAGUACAUCAAAAAAUAAACAUAAUGCAAAUGAAACAUCAGUCCUUCGAAUACAAUGUGUAGAUUGUACGGAAUGCAAUAUCGAGCGGCUGUAUACUGAAUGCGGAUAUGUGCCGUAUAAUAAAAUUAAAAAAUAUACGUAUAAGCACUGCAAAUGUUUCUGUGGUAACUCAAGGGGUAGGAAUAUUGCAACACUGCCAGUUAAUAUACUAGAAUUUCAUACAACUAAAAAUAAGCACUUCGUAAAGGAAAAAAGGCUGGAUACAACUAGACCAUACACUGUAGCCAAAAGUUCAAUUUUAUGGCUCAAACCACGUUACGAUCAAUUGUGUGCAGAAGCUGAUAAAAAUUAUAGAGUUGUUGAGCGGCUGAACCAUAUACAUAAUAAAUUGACUGAAUUCAGUGCAUUUUUACAGGAUUGUAAAAGUUUGGAACUUUCGACAACAUUAUAUUCUAGUACCAUAAUAACAAAUUGUAGACAUGAAAUUACUGAGUGUCCCGGUAGGAUUCACGGAUAUGAGAAAUCACUACAAUGCAAAAGUAGACUUAAUGAAAACAACUACACUUGUGCCAACGACGUGUCUUCUAAAGAUUUUUUUCGAAUAAGAAAUUCUGUGUUGGGAAUAGCUACAUCCAACAAAAAAGACUACAACGAGCUCAACAGUAAAAGCUCUGCAAGCAAUCGUAUGAGAUCUCGCAGAAGUCUUUUGCUUGGAAAUGGAAACCCGACAACUAUGUGUAGCAAUGCGAUUUUGUACAUACUCCUAAUAUUAUUAUUAUCACUGCCACAGGUUCGUUGGGUGCAUUCUUUGCUUACGGUAGAACCGAAAUUUGAUAGUCUUGCUGAUGAUGACUUCCCAUCCAGUAGUGCCAUUAAUAAUAAUCCGCUCAUAAAUGUAGGCAUGGUCAAUGGUAGCGAUAAUCGGAUCGCUAUGAAAGUUGGCGGUUCGUCUCCCAGUGGCAGUGGUGGUUACAUGGAUAAGUUAAAGAUGAACAACUUAGAGCGAAGUGUAGCAGCUGUACUUAAAAAGGUAGCAUAUGGCACAACGUCAACAACCAAAAGAAGUAUUCCUGACAAUACUUAUACACCAAGCUUAACCACAAUUGCCACACCUUUAUUGACGACUUUAAGGUAUGCCGAAAAGUCGACUCAUCAACAACAAAUAAAUCUUCAUCAUAGAAAUUACGAAUUAGAUUUGGAACGCGAUCACGCCUUGCCUACUUCUGCACCCAAUGCUGAUAUAUUAAAAAGUAAUAGUAAUCCAACAUAUCCAAAUCCAAAUAGAAAUCACAAUCAUGAACGCGAGCGGCAUAGACAUGUUAUGAAAGCUACUCCUCCACCAUCAAUACCGAACAUUCUAAAAAAAAAUAUUGGCCAAUCACCCACCAUACCAAUGUACCCAGGCGAUAUUCCAUCAUAUUCUCCGCCUGCCCGUUCGUUUUUUACACCUCCCUUACCACCAGAGUAUCAGAAUCCCUUUGCUGAUAAGCCGACUCUACGCGGCACAAAUAACGAAGGUAUUAUUUCUAAUACAGGCACAUACAUAAAUCGACGUCCAAUACCGCCGCCAAGCUUAAUGCCAGGUCAUGAACGUAUUCCAUUCCGUCCUCCUGAUUUAGCGGCGUCUACCGGUAGCAAUUCCGCUAAUGAAAUUAUAGUAACAUCAAGUGGAGAUACCAAUAGUGCUCCCCACAUAUACAACGGUACAAUUGCAGAUGUGGAACGGAAAAAAGCUUUGAAUACGCCAUCACGAAGCAUUGGUGGUUAUGGAAUGAUUAAUGUUGGAUCUUCUAACACUGGUGAAGUCGUUCACUCUUUAUCAAACGCAAAUGAUAACAUUCAAAUUUUGUAUGCUAACACUGAAUCAAGAGAGUCACCACCUCAAAAUAGCAAUCCUCCACAACAACUUAGCACAACAGGGCAGGAAGUUCUGCCUAGUAUCCGCAGAAUUUUAAGUGGAUCUAAUGGUAAUAAGGGCGAAAUACCAGAAGUACUUCUAAAGCACGCAACAUCUCGGCCGAUAGCUAAUUAUAAUCAGCCUCCAUCACCGCCGGUCGUCUUAUUGGAUGACAGUAGUGUGGUACAAAAAAUCGAGGGGGGUGAAGAUAACGGCAUAUUGGGUAGCUCGAAUAUAAACAAAAACAAAAAUGGUUCAGCAUUAAGCAGCGGAACAGAAUUGUAUGAAGCAGCGCGAAUUGAAACGAUGGAAAACAGAUUUCCAGACGUCAGUCACCAUUCGAAUAGGGUCAAUAGCAACCAAGGUUCAACCGAUAGCAGUUCUACAACAUCAACAGCAGCGGCAAUUGGAAAAGAUUUGGGUGCUGCUGUGGCAGCUGCGGCUACCACUUCAACAAUGAGUAGCACGUCAGUAGCUAAAAAUCCAACGUCAUCAGCAACAGCUACCAGCAGAAAUACUGAAAGUGGUGUCGGCUCGUCAAUAGCUGCAGCCGCAUCAUCUGUUUCUACUUGGGCGGUUGCCUGGAAUAUCCAUGUUUAUUUUUCGGUCGUGCUUUUUACCAUUUUGGUAGUUUGUAGCUUGUAUAAAAUACUUACCUACAAUAAGUUGACACAUCUUUUCUCCCAAUCGUAUUUUAUGUGCAUUCACCUAGUUUUAAUUGUGAUAUGCUCAUCACGUAUUUUUUAUUUAUGCUUCGAUGCCUACAAUAUUCAUAGUACAUUUAAUUUGUUUGUAUCCGAGUUAUUACUAUAUUUACCUGCUACAUUUUUGACCAUUUCAUUUUCAGUUCUAAUACUUUUUUUGUUUUUAAAAGCAUUGAAUCAUAAAAAUAAUCGAUAUUCUGCACUCAUUCGUCCAUUAACUGUUAUGGUGGGCUGUGGCGUGCACGUUGUGCUCUGCAUUACCCUGCAUUAUGUCGAGUCAUACACGGUGCAAAACCAGCAGCAGCAGCAGCAACUGUUAUAUCAACAACAGCAGCAACAUUUCCUUCAAAGGCGCCAGCAGCAACAACAAAUUUUACAACAGCAUCAACAUCAGCACCUCCAACAGCAGUUCGAGGCGACCUCAACAACCAAUUUUUUAUCAUCGGUAACGAGUUUUCAUGCACAUACCGCACUUUUGUUACAAUCCGCAACAAUAGGGUCAUCUCCAAAUUUGAUAAGUAGUACAACACCUCCAAGAGUUCUAUCGCUGAUAUGCCAGAUUAUUUACAUAUUUGUUUGUCUGUUUCUUGGGUUGCUAUACCUUUACUUAUAUCGCAUUUUGAAACGAAUACUUCGUAGUAAGUCUCAAAACUACAUACAUGGGUAUCAAAAUCUCUCAUAUGCUAUACACAUAACUAUUGCAACCGCCUUAUUAUUUGUUCUGUUAGCAGCUUUGCAAAUAUUUGGAGCCAUUAGCAUAUCCACGACACGGCCACUAUUACAACAACUAACAGCUGAUAUUGACUGGCUACAAUGGGGCUACCAAUUCUCUUUGCGGUUAAUUGAAAUUGCAAUCAUUUCAUUACUCUCCUGGGUGGUGGGGUUGAAAACUAGCGGUGGCAGCAGUGGUGCUGGUGCUGCUGUAAAUUUAGCGAAUAAUGCAGAUGCACGUUAUGGUGUUGCUGGUGGAAAUAGUGGAAGUAAUGUCGCAUUUGCGAGUGGCCCGGCAAAUCAAAAUCGUGAGAAACAUCCUCAUCAUAAUUUCCAUAAUAACCAUUCAAACGUGGCGGGUUUUUUUUUACCAUGUACGUCCAGCUCCAGUCAGGAGCAGUUCGAGACUGAUUAUCCGGCGGUUUGUAAUGCGAAUACAAAUCUUCACACUUACACAAUGCGAACUGGCAAACUAAUAUAUGAUGACAGUUAUGCAUUGAAUUCACUUUCUAGUGGCGCACAGCCGCAGCUGACUGGUAUCGGAAACAACGCUAUUCAAUCGGGCUCAGGUGUGAUCCGAAAUGCAGGUGAAUUUCAUUUACAAACUCAACCGACUUAUCAAAGACCGUAUGAUUCGGGUUCUAUUAAUAGUGCAAUGGUUAAUCAUAAUGUGAGUGAAUAUGGAACACAGAGUACGCUAGCUGGCGGUGGUGUUGGUCAUUAUGGCAAUGAAGCGCCACAGUAUGCAGACUAUCUCACAGAUGCUACUAUUGAUCAUUAUGAAAAUCCUAACUUUGAUUUAGGUGGCUCUGUAAGCGGGUCAGGUUUUGGUGUAGACUCGUCUAAUCCUAGUGGAGUACAAAAACUCACAAAAACUUCUACUACUUCUACAACAGCUAGUAGUAGUGGUGACUCAGGUGCUUCCGCAGCGUCACAACAGCAAAUGCUGCUACUUCAAAGCGAUAGUUGCUAUUCAGAACCCUUGCAAGCUCCUAAUGCUACCUUUUAUGAUUUCAAAAAUUUUGAAAGGCCUCAACUGGUGUCUGGUGUUGCCGCGCCAUCUUCUGAUUGUUGGUUGUCAGAAUCUCAUACAUGUCAGCCGCUGUCGCGGGAUGCCGACAACCAUAAAAGUAAACGGGAAAAGAAAAUCCAUUCGACUUUAGAUCGCAGCGCGUAUGGGAACCCAGACCGACGAAGCUCGAAUUCUACGCAUUCAUGUACCUCUAGUAAUGGCCGCUAUAGUGGAUACAACUCCUUUGAUCGUGGGUUAUACAAUGGAGUACGUAAAAGUGGUACUCUGAAUAAUAUUGUUGGAAGCAUUCAUACACCUGGGACAGGCAUUAUACAUGGCCGCAACUCAUCUUCCUCAUCACCUGCGUCAUCCAAAACUUUAUCUUUGGCACCGGAACGACACCAUUAUCAGAAGCAACAACGCAGUGGAUGUGCUAACGCAAAUGGGAUACGCAAGCAAGAUCGUGAACACGAGUACUUAUUCAGUCGUUCAUCUCUUGAUCACAGCAUCUCUCAACCUUCACAUCAGCAACCAAAUUCUGACGAUGACAUGAUGUUAUCUGGUAGUAAUGUAGAACGCACUAAUUUAAUUGAUAAUGAAGAUAAUGGUUGUAUUAUAAAUAGCAAAAACACAACAUCCUUUUGCGGUGGCCGCAGCCAGGCGAAUGAUGUCAGUGUAAUAAAGAUCGACUCUACCAAACAAAUGUUUGCUAAGACCCAUUUGAAAAAUAACACACAUUCCAAUAUGCUUAUUUGUCAAAGCAACUCUUCACCUUAUACGUCCGUAGUUAAUACAUCAAAGCAACAAAGACAGGACGUUGCAGUAACAAAAGCUAAUAUUAUCUUAGGUUCGUCAGACUCACAUGCAUCAAACUCCACGGCUUCAAAUACAUCUGCCACUUCUUCCACUUCAGGAAGCUCUAACAACCGUGGUGCAAUGGUUGUAGCAGAACAUGGCUUUGUACGUUUUCGCGCUAUUGACGAUAUAAACAAUGCACAGGGCAUAGGCAUACAUAAUGCUUCUAUACUCAAUUAGUUUAUUAAUAAGUCGUUAAACCAUCCAUACAUCCACACAUUAUUGUCACUUGCACUGAACGUCAGCAUUAAUUUUUAAUUCACUCAUACCAUACGUUAUAUAUAGAAGAAACGUAAGCAAGCAUAUUGAAGUGAAUCACGAAAAUUGCAGGAUAAAAUUACUAUUACCUUUCAUUCCUCAUUCGAAGAUGCAUUCAAAUAAUAGCAUUCAGGAGUGUUACAGAAUCAAGUUGUUGUUGGAAUCGGAAUGCUGUUGUUGUUGUUGUAACCACAAAAAUAUCCCCUAAACUAGUUUUUGGGGAAUGUUACGAGAGUCAUAGUCCGCUAUUCGACGUUGCCAAUGCGUAAAGGACCUUAUCAGAUGCUGGCAUCGUCCACGCUUUUGCGGGUAUGAUAACCAACCUUAGGGUUUGGUUUUCGUUCGCCGACAAAGGACUUUAAUUUUCAAUAAUAGGCCAAAAAUGUCAAUAUCAUCGGCGUAUGCCAGUUGAUGUACACUUUUAUAGAAGAUUGUACCUUCUCUAUUCAGCUCUGUAGCUUUUAUUAUUCUCUCCAGCAUCAAAUUGAAGAAAUCACAUGACAAAGAGGCCUAUUUUCACUUACUGGUAAAGUAAAUUUUUUUACUUAUUUUUAACACCCGAAAUUGAAUUUGGUAUGCUGGCGAAUACUUUGGCAGCACUCCUUUCUUCCUUCAUGCCAAAAUACAUUUGCCAGUUGGCAAAGUAAAAAAAAAAACAAUAUUCAUAUAUAUUUUGCAUUUCGUUUGUUGGUGGAAAACUAAUUUUCCCGGCUUUUACUUUUAUAAUCAAAUUUGAAAUAUAGUGCAGUGAAUACAGAAGGCUGGUUCUUUGCAGUUAGACAAUUGCUCCCAACGAACUCUUGAUAUGACUCGUGGAAAAAGGGAUUUGGCUGUUGAGAGACACCUCAAAUAAAGCGGCGGAGAUGUCUUCUGUCAAAAAUAAUUUUUGAUAUAAAAAAUAUAUAUAUAAUUGAACGUCUACUUAAAACUCAAAAUAAAUUGUUUUUGUUUUUUCAAGGCGAAAAUACUGACUAACAAACUAAAAUGGUCACUUUUUAUCUCGUAAACUUCUUGAAAUUCGUCUUCUUCCACUUUUCUUCAUAUUCAAUUAGUUCUAGACGUAAAUAUGUUUAUACAUUUGCCUUAUCAUUCUUUCACAAAUUAACAACACAAAAUCGAACAGCUGAUCUUUUGUUUCCUCCUAUUGCGCCGGUAACAAAACUUGCAGGGUGUCUGAACUCAGAAUACGAAAUUGUAACAAAAUGUACUGAAUGGUAAUGGACACUGGUAAUGUCCAAUCGGUUUGUUGACGGUGGGUUUCAGUCUUUCACAAAAAAUGCUCGAUACGACCUUAUAUGCAAUGUAUGCCGUAUUUCAAUAGCUCGGCCGAUAAUUCAUCGGUCCCCGCCGCUUUGUUCUUUCUCAAGUGGGCGAUUGUUAUACGGACUUCUUCAUAGUCGGGUAACGGAACAACUUUUCCAUCAUGAUCAAUUGAAGUUUCAGGCUCACCAUAUCCGGAUGUAUCAUUGCUUGCUCCAUAAAUUCAGUAUACUUUGGGCAUACGUCACUAGACCACCCUUCUGGGUCCUACAAGAGUUGGAGGGGGGUUACACAUUCCGAUUAUUGAUUUACAUAUCGAUUUCAUGUUUGAAACAGAAAAUGUUACGCUUUUAGGUGUUACAGAACCCGUUUUAUCGUUUGAAGUGUCAGAAUUAAACCGAGCGGUUAUUCGUGAGAGAAUUGUGUGCAAACUUGUUUGCAGGCGGAAAUUUAAUAAAAUUUUAAGUCAUGGAUUUUACAACCAGUAAUUCGUUCACUACGGCACUUUGGAAUAAAAAUGGUCACGAGCUCUCCGCUUUUCAUUGUCUUUGUUUAUUCCUAACUUUAUUCAGCGUAGGCAAAUCAAGCAUUCAAAAGGCUUUAGCGCUUCUGGUAUAACCACUGAGACUCUAGGUUGCGCUAAGAAGAUAUUUGCGUCAUAACCCACAGACCGUUGAUGGGAGCCUUCAGCCAAAAACCGCAGUCUGGUAUGGACAGCCUAUGUCUAUAAAUCAUCAGCAUAUGUAAGAGUAGAAUUCAAAUUGCAUUAGAGUCGAUUUUUUAACAUAGUUUCAAACUGUUAUUGAUUCUCAAUUCCAAUAAACAAGCAAAUCUGUGUCGAUUUUUAUAACAUCCCUGAUAAUGUUGUUAACGUAUAACAUAACCCAUAACAGUUAAGCAUUUUGUGCCACGGACUUGGAAAACGAUUAUUUGAAAACAUUUUAUUUGAACAUCUUUUAUUUAAAUUUACAACUUUUUAUUUCAGUACUAAAUUUUAUCGAACACGUGUGGGUAAAUCUGACUUUUACUUUUCGUUUUGUAUUUGAAGUAGUAAGAAAAUAAGGCAGUUUCUUUCUUUAUCAGUAAGAAAUACUAAAUUUGAUAGCGAGAAGUAGAAACAUGUUUAUGACUUUCCUUAGGCUAAAAUAAGUAGUCACUAAGAUUGUAUCCAGAAAUAGAUAUUAAAUUUUGAGCAUAGUAUUUUGUUAAAAGAAAAAAGUAAUCAAAAUAUAAGCGUCAUCUUAACGAAACCAAAACAAAGAUUUGCUCAAAUUAACUUUAGAGUAAAUUUUUUAACGAUGCACAUAUUUAGUAAAGUAAUUACAAAAAUUUCUAAAAACUCUCAUAAAAUCGGUUACAACUUUUUCAUUAAUCUCAGAAGACACUUUGAAAGCAGUGUUACGAAAUAACAAAUAAAAGAAUUAUGUGUAUGUAUCUAGUAAAAACAUUGCAGGCGUAGAAAGUUUUAUUAUUUCAGAAACUAAAAAUUCCAUUAUUUCUUUCCGUUAAUAUUCUGUUUGCCAUGGAGUAUACAAAAUUGUGAAUGUGGAUGUAUAUUUAUGGCAAUAAAAAUAAAAAUAAAAUUUGAACUGACUAAUUAAGGCUUUUAAUUUUUUUGCAUGUAAAAUACGAAACACAAAUCUUAUAUGUUGUAUUCAUAAGCUGUGCAUAUUUGACUUUUUUUUUUGGCAUUUAUCGAUUUAUAUUGUUUGUAGUAAAGUAAAUAAUGCAAUUUGUAUACUGCGCAAUAUGUACAUGAUAUACAAUCGUAUCUAAAUCCUAUCUAAAUUUUAAAUUGCACAAAUAUAAAUAAGGUAUCAUAAAUUAAUAUUAUAAGUUGCUAGAACUAAGCUAAUGUAUAAUACCAUUGCACACUUGCGAACAUUAGCAUUAAGUAAAUAAGCUUCGAUUGGCUAAGCAAAAAUCUUGAAAGUAUUUAAAUAAUUUUAUAUAUAACAUAUAUGAAAUAUAAACUCCUUAAUUA